UAGCGCCAGCUUCGAUCCUGUACAAUCAGUCUACUGCUGCUUUAAUGAUUCCCUCACUUCAUUCUUUUCGGUUUCUUUUUGUUUGGAGUCCAUACCCCCCCCCGUCAUUCGGUGCGUUCAACGACUUGACUGGGCUAAUUGAUUCUACCGAUUGAGUUGACGAAGAAGCUCCCCAGUCGAGUCGAACCCAUUGCGGACGGCGCUUAAUAUCUAGCAAGCUUCAAUGCGAAUACCACUGAUUGUCGCCGUGGAGAUAGGAUUUUAUUUGAAUACGCUGGUAUUCUUUGCGCCGUUCUGAUCCCGCGAACGUUAUUCGUAUACACAUACGCGCUGCACCUUGCCGGUAUCUGGAAUAUGGAAUUACAAGCGAAACCGGACUCGAGUCACGCAUCGAUACGCCUUACAAGAAAAAAUGGCCCGAGGAAAUCCCUUUUGAGUACAUUUCGCAACAAGAACAAGAAUGAACCCAGCGAAACUGUGAAGCGCGACAGCACGAGAAGGAAAGACAGCACAAGGAAGAAAGCUCCCGAACCUGGAGUAUAUGAUGCACCUGUGAGUUCUAGCGAAGAGAAUGAAACGGGCGACGACGAUGUGAGUCUGCCGGAGGACACGAUGGAGAACGUGAAGCGGUUCAAGCCUGCAAGGAAGACUUUGGAGGAGAAACUCGUGGAGGAUAAUAAUAACGCGGAUGGUACAGCUGAGCAGAAGGGGGAGGAGCCCAAUUCCCUUUCACGUCGAGGGAAGCGGAGGAUAAAGUCGGAACAGGAGAGUUCGAGUCCUCCUAAGCGGCAGCAGGGACCCCUGAAGAAGACGCUCUCUGGCUUGUACGGGGGUAGUGAUGACGAAGAGACGCUCCUCUUUUCUUCACAAAGCCCCUUGAGGCCGUCGAAGACUUACGGCUCUUCUGGGAUGGGGAAAUUCCGAAGAGGUCAUCCUGGGGACAAGGGACCUCGCAAGAAUGCUCCUUCUUCAGCGGAAUCUUCCAGGUUGAAUAAGAACAGGAAAAACAGUAGCAAGGAGGGGAAGGAGGAGGAAGGCGAGGAGUCUGGCUUUAAGGUUCCAAUGGAGAUUGAUAUUGGGAGUCCAGUAUCAAAAGCACAACCUGGCACUUCGCCCAAUCCCGAAUUCAAGCAACCCCCUUCCUGGCCUAACGAUACCAUCUCCAGCUCCUCCCUGGCCACUUCAUCCACGAAAGAUCACCAGCUUUUCGACAUUAAUUACAAUUCAUCCUCGUCUUCUCUCAGCAGUCCACCCAGCUCCAUCCCGUCCAUCCAACUUGACCUAACGCAGGAAGAGGAGAUGCUUGUAAAUACAGAAGAAUCCCCAACAGAUCCCACUGAAUCCCUGUGCCCCAUGUGCAAGCAAAAAGUCGACCCAGACCUCCUACGAGCGUUCAUGUCCCAACCAAGACGUCGAGUCCGUGAUCAGCAGCGAUUCUGUGAAUCGCACAAGCGACAAUCCGCCCAGCUGGAGUGGAAGGAUAAAGCAUACCCGACGAUCGACUGGGAGGCAUUUGACGAUCGAAUAGAUCGUCAUAUGGCAGAUCUCGAGAAGCUUCUGGUCCCCGAUAGUUCUUCUUACUAUCGAAACAUUCUUGAUAGUGCGAUGAAAUCCGGGAAGGCGAGGAAUUUCCGACUCAGUCUGUCUGGAGACGGACUGGAAACUAUUUCUUGUGGUUAUUAUGGCUCUCGAGGGGCUAGUAAAAUGUUACACGCUGUGACUGUGCGCUUCUCACACAAACUCCGCCGUCUAGCAAUAGCGGACAACAUCGUCAAGACAGCCGGCGUCGCAGGCUACGCACAGUCUGUUCUUGUCCCGGAAUUGGCGAUGCGCCUUGUGAAAGAGGAUAUGGGCGUCAGCGAUGAAUCGGCACGACAGAUCUUGAGGGAUAGCAUAGCUUUGGGGGAGAAGAUGAAUCCCGCUCUCAAUGAUGUCGUCCCGGUUCUUGAUGAAAGUGCUAAUUAGUUGAUCGAUUGUACAUUGAACAGUUUAAGGACCUGGGACUAGACUACUGCAUCUAUCUAUAGCAUUAUGGAGCGCUGGUGUUUAUGAUUUAUAUAUUAUUGACUUUAUGUUGAUGAGUGGAUGGCAUAAAUUAUUUUCUAUGUUCCUUCCUCGGCGGGCGUUUAGGUCAAUCGUCAAUUAAAUUCGCUUGCACCUGUACAUUAGUACCAUACAGAGUCCAGACUCUUUCCAGGAGUGGAGAAACACGGCUAGAUAGAUAACUAACUAUCUUCAACUGGUUAGGUAAAUGAUUCCAGCUCAU